CAUCUCUGCCACUGCACCCAUUCCAUAUAUAGCUCCUGAGAACUGCCAUCUCCAGCUCUCUGCCUCCCUCCCUGCUCCAUUUCUGCUUCUGAAGCCUGUGCCCAGUUCUUGGCCGCUGCUGUGGUCUUUGGGCACCCACUACAGUACAACAGGAUGGCUGAGAAGCAGGAACAACCUCCAGUAGCCCAGAAUGGUGAAAAGGCUGAAAAUGCAGAGGAAUCUGCGGAGGCAGAAAAGCCGAAGGAACUGGAGGAAUUGCCACCCUUUGAAAUUGUCACAGGGGAACGGCUUCCAGCCUGCUUUUUCAAUUUCCAGUUCAAGAACGUCGAAUACAGUUCAGGAAGAAACAAGACUUUCCUAUGCUAUAUCAUAGAGAUUCAGGGCAAGGAGCCCAAAAUGUUACGGGGCUACUUGGAAGAUGAACAUGCAGCAGCCCAUGCAGAAGAUGCCUUCUUCAAUACUAUCUUGCCCAAGUGCGAGUCUGGCCUGUGCUACAAUGUCACCUGGUACUCCAGUUGUAGCCCCUGUAUAGGCUGUGCUGAUCGGAUAACUAAAGCACUUCAGAAGAAUAAGAACCUACAUCUCUCCAUGGCAAUAGGUCGUCUGUUCAUGUGGGAGGAACCUGACAUGCAAACCGCCUUGAAGAAAAUGAAAACAGCUGGUUGUAAAUUGAGGAUCAUGAAACCUCAAGAUUUUGAGUAUGUCUGGCAAAACUUUGUAGAGCAGGAGGAAGAAGCAGCAAAGGCAUUUACACCCUGGGAAGACAUUCAAGAGAACUUCCAAUUUUAUGAUGAAAAGCUUGCUGAACUUUUGCACUGAGGAAAAAAAUGUGCCAACCCAUGGAGCAACAAGCAUGGUAUACUCUUAACAUUUGGGACUCUCAACUCAGUUUUCCAGAGCUGCUUUGAAAUAGGAAACACCAGAAGUCUCCAGCUGACACACUGCUAUGCUGAUAGACUAAAAAUAUAUGUAGAGAUCUGUUUUUUUUUAAAUACAUAAACCUGCAGUGCUGUUAUUCACAUAGAAUUGAAAACAUUACAAAUGACAAAGAACAGAAUCAAAGCAAAGUUCUAUCACUUACAAGUUUAGAAAAGUCCCAUCCAAAGAAACUUCAAAAAAUAAAUUUAACAUUAAAACAUUAACAUUUUUAACAUUAACAUUUUUUAAAUUAAUAUGCAGUGAAUAGCAGAAAUCAAAGGGAAAUGUAAUACGGAGAGAUUACUAAUUAUUUUGACAAUGACCAUUCACAAAGCAUUGGUUGAGGGAGUUAGAAGUACUUUUGCACUUGUGAACUAAUUAGCAUAUACAUUAUAAAACAGUUUGGUCUCUGUUAAUCAAUGAGAAAUAAUUUCCCAAUAAAUACUGGCUCAGCUGCUUACAAAAUUUAUUUAAAGCAUUUUUAUUUUAUUAUUUUUAAAAUUAAACAAAUGACAAGAAUACAAUGUCACUAAACACACCCAGUUUUCAGUAAGUUGUCCCCAAUUACACUUCUAAUUUGAAAAGGCCACUUUCACAGAGAUUUAAAAUAGGAUUUUUAUUCCAUUAUCCAUUUUUAUUAUAAAUUUGGCCUGGAGAUAGUCAAAAAUUGCCUUCAUAUUCACACUACAUUAAUUUAUCUAUCACUCAUUUACUAUUUUAGCAAUAUGUACUCUGUUAAAGACACAACCUAAGCAAAUCUGAUCCGGCAUUCUAUGAGGUGUAUAAACUUGUUCGUGGAAUGUUUACAUAGCACCUCCAUACAUUUCAACAAUGGACCUGGGUGGACACGAAUAAUGUUUCAUGUACAACUGAUAUACUGCAGUAUUUCAAAAACAUAAAUACAUAACACUCAUAUUUGGAAAAGGUCUUUUAUUUAUAUACGUGAACAUCUUAUUUUUGGUAAACAUUUAAACAUAAUUUUCCAUCCUAUUCCAAUCUUUUCCACGAUUGCCAAUCUAGAUAAAAAAAAAAUCAGUUUUGUUGAGUGUUUUUCUUAAAAUAACAUCUUCCAAUUGCUAAAUAGGAGAUAGAUACACAAAGUAUCUGAACACUAGAAUGUACAUUUUGACUUUUUUUU